UCAUAUCUUCUCAGAGGUUUACAUUUUUUGAAUUUGGUGCUGUAGAUAUUGUCACAUGUCUCAUGCAAAUUAAACCAAGUCAUGAGACAUUGGAUAGUCAGCUAACAUAGUGACUUGCGUUAAGUUUAAAAUCUCCAAACGCUUUUUAGUUAAGUUUAGUUAAGUGUUUGUGUCCUCAUUGCCAGUCCAAAGUGUCUGUCUUCAUUCAUGUAAAACAAGUGACGGAACCUGAGGCUUGAGAGAACACCAGAAAACUAAGAACAACAUUUCUAAUUGGUUUUCUGGAUCACUGCACUUUGUGACAGAUAACACCCUUGAACCAUGGCUUUGGAUGAGUCUGGGGAACUUCUUAAGUAUUAUGAAUUGUAUGACACGAUAGGCACAGGAGGGUUUGCAAAAGUAAAGCUUGCAAGGCACAUCCUUACAGGGGAAAAGGUUGCUAUUAAAAUUAUGAUCAAGAAAGAUCUUGGGGAAGAUUUGCCUCGUGUCAAGACAGAAAUCGAAGCCAUGAAGAAUCUAAGUCAUCAGCAUGUUUGCCGUUUGUAUCAUGUUAUUGAGACGGCUCAGAAAAUAUUCAUGAUUCUAGAGUACUGUCCUGGGGGAGAGCUGUUUGAUUACAUUAUUGCUAAAGAUCGUUUAUCUGAAGAUGAAGCUCGAAUAUUUUUCCGACAGAUUGUAUCAGCAAUUGCUUAUGUUCACAGCCAAGGCUAUGCUCACCGGGACCUCAAACCUGAAAAUUUGCUUAUUGACGAAGAUCAUAAUCUAAAACUUAUUGAUUUUGGUCUGUGUGCAAAGCCAAAGGGUGGAAUGGACUGCAAGCUAAUGACUUGCUGUGGAAGCCCAGCCUAUGCUGCACCAGAAUUAAUCCAAGGCAAAGCCUAUAUUGGAUCAGAGGCUGAUAUAUGGAGUAUGGGAGUGCUGCUGUAUGCACUGCUGUGCGGGUAUCUCCCUUUUGAUGAUGACAACGUUAUGAUUCUCUACAAGAAAAUAUCUAGAGGUAAAUAUGACAACCCCAACUGGCUUUCUCCAGGCACUGUUGUACUGCUGAGUCAAAUGAUGCAGGUGGAACCAAAGAGGCGCAUUACAGUCAAACAUCUUCUUAGCCACCCAUGGCUUAUGCAGGGCUACACAACUCCAGCCGAGUGGCAUACCAAACACCCAAUUGGUCAUAUUGAUGAGGACUGUAUUACAGAGAUGGCAGUUUGUUACAGACGAUCCAAACGGAGCAUGGUGGACCUAGUUUCAGAGUGGAAGUAUGACCAGACUACAGCAACAUACCUGCUGCUUUUGGCUAAAAAGUGCCGUGGAAAGCCUAUUCGACUGAGAUCCCUUUUUCCUGUAGAUCCACCAGUCUUCACACCAAUCCAAGAAUUUAAGUCUAAAAAAACACUGAACUUUGUUGAUGAACCAGACAGCAUGGAAGUUCCGCUAGUGUUUUGCUCCAUGGAGUUUCCUGAUGAAAAUCAUUUUAUAAAGGACUCCGUCUUUAUGCCUUUGACUCCAAGACAGCAACAGUGGCCCAAAACUCGAUCAGUGCCUGACGAUGGGGAUGAUGAGUUCCUGUCUCCCAGCAAAGAGGGAGGUUGGUCCAGCAACUUUGAAAAUAAGGAGAACGUUCACCAUUCAAAACCCAACCAAAAAACUAACAAUGCUUUUGUGCUGCCUGCUCCAAAGACCCCAUCCAGCAAGAAGAAAUCGGUUGUUCUAACAACUCCAAACUGUAACCGCGCUGCCCAUUCCAUGGCAGGAAGCAGCUACAGUUCUAAGGACACUUCUACAAAGAAAUAUACAGAGCAGCUGGACACAGAUGAGUUGGCAGUUUUGUCUUUCAGUCCAGAACGAAGGUCCCGCUCUUUGGAAUUAGACAUACACCAAGCACAACUGGACAAUAAUCAAAAGAAAAAGGGGCCAAAGGUAUUUGGAAGUCUAGAAAGAGGUUUGGACAAGAUGAUCACAAUGCUAACUCCAAGCAAAAAGAAAGGAUCCACAAAAGAGGGGCCUAGAAAAAUCAAGGCACAGUAUAAUGUGACAUUAACAAAGAGGAUUAAUGCAGAAUAUGUCCUGAAUCAGAUCAUCGGUAUCCUUCCAGAAAAAAAUGUUGAGUUUGUACAAAAGGGAUACACACUGAAAUGUAAAACCCAGUCUGAUUUUGGCAAGGUCACCAUGCAGUUUGAGUUGGAGGUGUGUCAGCUGAGCAAGCCAGAGGUAGUGGCAAUCAGGAGACGGAGGCUAAAGGGUGACGCUUGGGUGUACAAGCAUUUAGUGGAAGACAUAUUAACCAGUUCAAAAGUAUGACAGACGAGACACAAUAAUACACAAGUCUGCCUUACUCUGUAGCUAAUCUAUAUUUCACCAUUACAUGAAUUAAAAUGAUGCCUUAGUUUGUUUUAAAAAUAAAAUUAAAAAAGAAGGUAACAGAAGGUCUUUGAAUGAAUGUCUAACAUAACACAAGAAUAGAAUGUAUGUCCACGUAAUUUUCCUGUGUAUCAUGUACAAUUUUUCAAUGUUGACUUUAAUAUGUAUGUGUUUGUUUUUGUGCUGGCAAAUCUGUACACCUCAUUCUUCUGUGGGGUAUAUCGUCCUGUUUUUCAAAAUAAAUGUGUAGAUAUA